UCCAAAUUCCAUAAUUGUUGCGAAUCGAAGUGUUUCUGAGCGAGCAUUCCCUGCGAUACUGAGGCGCAUCACCGUGGGAGGAGUGUCCCGAGGCGGCCAUGACGGAGAAGGGCGGAGAGAAGGGCGGAGGGAGGAGGGCGGCCAUGUCAGGCGAGGUGCAGCAGGAGUCCCUCGCCGAGGACAAGAUGGCCGAGCAGAAGCGGAUAAAGGCUGAGGUCUUGGCCGAGCUGAUGAGGAAGGACGAGCAGCGCUCAGCCGUGAACGAGUACAAGCUCAUGAGCAAGUGGCGGGCCAUAUUCCGCCAGGCCCAGCAGAAGGCGCUGCGCAGCGAAAUCGACGUGCUGAUGCAGACGUUCGAAAGGGUGCUGGACCACAAGGACAGCGUGGCCAAGACCCUGACCAAUGACAUCACCGAAGCGAAGCAGCAGUCCGACCAUGCGGUCCGGUCCCAUCAGGUGAAUGUGGACCAGCUCCUGGACCUGCAGACGACCAGGCUGAAUGCCCUCAGCCAGGACUUCAGCACUCAGCUGGAUGGGCUGAGAGCUGAUCACAACGCCGAGCUGGAGAAGAUUGUGGCCCAGCACCGGCAGGACCUAAUCGAACACCAGGACGCGAUGUUUGCGCUGGACGAACAGCACAGCGAGCUGCAGUCCAAGGCCCAGCUGGACCUCAAAAGCGCCUGCUAUGACAUCAAAGACGAGGUGAAACGGCGGGGGAACGCGGAGCAGACGCUGCUGUGGGAGCGGCUCACGCUCACCUGGCAGGAGGCCAAGAGCGCCAGCAAGCGCUACCACGAGGCAACCGACGGCAACCGCGACGCCUGCGAGGCGCUGCAGGCCCGCGUGGAGCGCUGCGCCGCCGAGAACGGCGACCUGGCCAAAACGCUGACCAGGAUGCAGAAAUCCCAGGAGGCCCUGCAGGCCGGGCUGAAGGACAGCCGGGCGGAGGACAAGCUCGCCAUGGCGGCCAUGCAGGCCUCCCUGGACAGGGAGCUGGAGAAGGGCAGGCAGCAGACGUCCGAGCUGUGCAGGUUCCAGGCCAAGCAGGAGGCCAAAUUGAUGAACCUGACUGUGCAGCACCGCCAGGCUUCCAAAGCCCUGCAGGGCGUUGCCGAAAAGGGCAGGAAGCUGGUCCGGCUGGUGGAGGCGUGCCGGAAGCUGGAGACGAAGGGCGAGCAAGCACAGCCGUUCUGUCGCCCGUCCGGCGGCUUGGAGGGGCAGAGUGUGGCGAUGGCUCACCAGGAGGGGGCCUCCGAGCCGGCCCAGCUCAAGCAGGACUAUGCGGGUCUGGAGGGCGUGUGGGACCGCCUCAGCUCAGUCCAGCUGGACAAGGCCUGCCUGCAGAGAUACAAAGCAGAGCUCCUGCAGGAAGGCCGGAGGCUGCGGGCUCUAACCAGCCAGUGCCUGAGCAAACCGGCUGCCAGCCAGUGCCAGAGAAAAUCAGCUGCCAGCCAAUCCACCCUUCGCCAGAGCAGCAGCCUGCUAAUGGCCACUCGCGCCAGCCAGUGCCUGAGCAAACCGGCUGCCAGCCAGUGCCAGAGAAAAUCAGCUGCCAGCCAGUGCCUGAGCAAACCAGCUGCCAGCCAACCCACCCUUCGCCAGAGCAGCAGCCUGCUAAUGACCACUCGCGCCAGCCAGUGCCUGAGCAAACCGGCUGCCAGCCAGUGCCAGAGAAAAUCGGCUGCCAGCCAGUGCCUGAGCAAACCAGCUGCCAGCCAACCCACCCUUCGCCAGAGCAGCAGCCUGCUAAUGACCACUCGCGCCAGCCAGUGCCUGAGCAAACCAGCUGCCAGCCAGUGCCUGAGCAAACCAGCUGCCAGCCAGUGCCUGAGCAAACCGGCUGCCAGCCAACCCACCCUUCGCCAGAGCAGCAGCCUGCUAAUGGCCACCCGCGCCAGCCAGUGCCUGAGCAAACCAGCUGCCAGCCAAUCCACCCUUCGCCAGAGCAGCAGCCUGCUAAUGGCCACCCGCGCCAGCCAGUGCCUGAGCAAACCAGCUGCCAGCCAGUGCCUGAGCAAACCAGCUGCCAGCCAGUGCCUGAGCAAACCGGCUGCCAGCCAGUGCCUGAGCAAACCAGCUGCCAGCCUGUGCCAGCGCCCGUCACCUGGGCAACGGGGCAGCUGCGGGCUGCGCCGCUAGCAGCUUUCCACACAACACACAACACUACACACACUACACAACACACAACACUACACAACAAACAACACUACACACUAUACACAAUACUGCAUGCAACAAAAAUUUUUUUUCUUUUGUUCCAUCACUUUCUAAUUUCCAGGCGGGUUUCAAAUGUGUUCUAACUCAUUGUCAUCUCUUAAGAACACAUUUGAAACUUGACUGAAAAUAUUUCAAACUAGUUUAAUGUUAAAAACCCUUAGCUGUGCCUACUGGACCAUCCUCUUCCUCUUCCUCUUACCGCUUACCACUUGCCCCUGAGCCUUGUCCCUUGAUAAGAGACUGUAACAUCAGUAUGGUCAGUUGAGACCAACAUCAAGCAUUUUUGGCCAUGCAUCCUAGCAGUGGAUUUGGUGUCCAAAAAAAAAAGGUACGUCUAUGUUGAAAAAGUCAUUAAGUUGAUAAUCUAACAUGCACUGUAUGAUGUCUGAACCCCAGACACAGUUUGUAACUCAGAAAUGCUAGCAGCGAUGUAAGAAGGCUAGCACUGCUUGUUGAAUUCUGUAAAGUAACAUAACGUAAUGAGGAGAGCAGGCCCAUCCAGCCCAGCAAUGCUUGCCAUUUUUUGUCUAGAAAUAAGUUCUGACCUGGACUCGCUCCUCUCUCUCUCUCUCUCUCUAUCUCAGGACAAGAAGCAGAUUCCGGCUGGCAAGGGAUUGCCCGAGAACUAGAGACAGCCCACAAGCAGGAGCUUUUUUUAAUCAGAGUGGCUCCAAAUGAUCGUGGGCUGACUUUGACCUAGAUGAUGGUCAACAAACCAAGUGAAAUGAGAGCACUUAGCCGGACAGGACCAUGAGACCAUGAAGGGGGAUCACAGUCUACAAGUACUGAUAUCGGCCAUUUAAAUAAGUUUAAUUUAAUAUGGUUGAACCGAACCAUCAGGAGCUGACUGAAUGAUCCAGGCGAUGGUCAACGAUGGAGUCCUAGAUACAGUGGGACUGAAACGCUUCGACAGGCAUAUUGGAUGCACAUUAAUCAAAUUAAGGAGGAUGUGGCUCAUGAACAUCAGGCAGUGGGAACUUGGUGAAGAGGAGGAAAUGAGGACUGAUCCAUCCCCCAACCCACCCCCCCACCCACCCCACCCACCCCACCCAGCCCCUUUCUUUAGUGGAUUAAUUAAUAAAGGAUGGAACAAAGGCAAUUACUUGUCAGUUGAGUUUCACUUUAUAGUUACAUUUGUUUGAACAUAUUUGCACUUACAUAUUUUUCUUCAAGAUGGAGGAGACGCUUCUUUUAGCUGUUUUCC